AAAGCAAAGAGCAACUUCCUGCCCCUUCUAUGGUGGGAAAGUUGCCUUUAAAUUUCCCACACGCGAUAGCAAGGCUGGACGGAUUACCAAUGAAAACCGAGGUUCCACUAUACUUGUAUUCACUGAGUGGGAAUAAAUGUGCAUAGUCGAACUGAAAAAGAUUUUUUAAUGUGCCAGCUGUAGAGAUCGCUGUAAUACUACCAAAGUUACGCACUUCGCACAUUUCUUUCUUAUCAGAUGCUUCAGCCACCUCUUACCCUUUGACCCUGUUCCUGACCCUGGUCUCCCACUCAGGAAGAAGUCGGCCUUAUGAGGAAGCCUCUUGGCUGUGGUUGUAUCAUGAUAAAGGCAGUUCCGACUUUGGGUAUCUCACCAUAGCAUCAGUUCAGCCUGUGGAUAGAGAAGAGAAAAUGUGAGGAGGCAUAGAGAUGGAUCUACAUUUAGCAUUGGUUUGGAUUGAGCACAGGAGAAAGGUGUGAAGGGGUCAGAGAUGGACCCAUCAGCAAAAACCUGUCUUGUUGCCCAAGUUGGUAGCGUCAAGGAAUUUAGGGAGGGUGUUGCCCUGGAACAAGUAAAAGAGGAACCAGGCGAAGGAAUGCUGCGGAGGUUCUUGAAGGUAGUAGAGAUCCCCGGAUCAGAAGAGGGACACUGUGGACACUCACACUGUUCUCAGUCCUCUCUUGGCGUUGGUCAACAACUUAUUGGAGAUGAGGUCCCCCAGCUCUUGUUCAGUUCCCUCAAAGAGAGUCAGCAGCCUGAAGAAACCUUGCUGGCUGAAGACAAGGUAGCCUGCAAAAAAAUUAAGGACGAGUUCUUGGCUGGAGAAGAGUAUGAGGCAGUGAUCCUCGGAGAUGAUGCGGCCGCUUGGGAUGCAGAACGCCAAAGAUUCCGGCAGCUCCGCUACCAGGAGGCUAGGGAGCCACGAGAAAUGUAUGGGGCACUCCGAGAUCUUUGCCAUGGAUGGUUGAAGCCUGAGAGGUGCACCAAGGAGCAGAUCCUGGAGCAGCUGAUCCGGGAGCAGUUCCUGGCCAUCCUGCCCCUGGAAAUGCAGAACUGGGUGAAGGCACAUUCCCCGGACACCUGUUCUCAGGCAGUGGCCCUUGUGGAGGGUUUCCUGCUCAUCCAGAAGCAAGAGGUGCCCGGGCUGCUCCAGAAGGUGGUGAGCAAUUUCCCCAAGGCAGAAGGGACUCGUUGGGACUCCAGGAAACGGCCACUGUUUCGAGAGAUCAAGCAGGAGAAUGACAGCGACCCCACCGUGCUGGCAGGUGGUGAUGAGGAGAUGUGUGGGGAAAAGGUCAACCAGGGAGGAAAUUCUGUGGAAGCCGACUCAUCCUGGAUGCUUUCAGACAAGACUGAGUUGAAUAAUUGCUUCAAGUCGGGAGAUUCCUCUGAGAACUUCCCACAAAAGCACGAGGAAGGAUUGAUUGAUUCUCAGAGGUGCCACUGGGGACUCGAUGAAGAGAUGAGCCAACCCCGAAUCUUCGUGGGUGAGCCAGAAAAGAUGUACCAGAAGUGUGAAGAAGUCUUUCACUGCUGGCCUGUGUUCUCUGAGCAUCAGCAAAGUUGUACGCAGGAGACCACGCAUGAACAUUUAGCCUGUACAAAAAGCGUUGGCCGUGGCAAUAUUCUUGUUUCUCAUGCGGGAGAGAAGCCAUACAUAUGCUCGGCUUGUGGAAAAAGCUUCAAUGACCACGCUGUCCUCGUUGCACACAAGAGAACUCGCAGUGCUGAGAACCCAUUAAAACCCCCAGACACCGGCCACCGUUUCCCUCGUGACUCAUUGCUAAUCAAGGAUAAGAGAGUGUCCCUAACAGAAAAACCAUAUAAAUGCAGCGACUGUGAGAAGUCGUUUGGAACCCGGGCAAUCCUUAUCAGCCACAAGAGGAUCCACACAGGAGAGAAACCGUACCGAUGCCCCGAGUGUGGGAAAUGCUUCAGCAUGGCUUCAGCUCUCAUCCGACAUAAGCGAACCCACACAGGGGAGAGGCCGUACAAAUGUUUGGAAUGUGAGAGGUGUUUUGGGGACCGAUCUGGCUUCAACACACAUGCGUGCACCCACAUGGGAGAGAAACUCUAUCAGUGCCUGGACUGCGGGAAAAGCUUUGGGCGACAAGCACAUCUGGCCGACCACGAGAGGACCCACACAGGCGAGAAGCCCUAUCGGUGCCCAGAUUGUGAGAAGUGCUUCAGCAGCCUGUCAAUCCUCAUUAUGCAUAAGAGAACCCACACGGAUUCUAGCAAUCUGGCCCAGCCCCCCCGGGCAGAGAGGAUGGCCCGUCCUCUGCCAAACCGUUGCAGAGAAACACAACCGACGGACCACGAGGACAGAGUCGAGUGUGUGAAAGUGAAGGAGGAGAUCCUGGACGAAGAGGCCACCAGCUCGGAGGCGCAACGCCAGCACUUCCGCCAGUUCUGCUACCAAGAGGCCGAGGGACCUCGAGAGGUUUGCAACCAGCUCUGGGAACUCUGCCACCUAUGGCUGAAGCCCGAGAGACACACCAAGGAGCAGAUGCUUGAACUGGUGGUCCUGGAGCAGUUCUUGGCCAUCCUGCCGCCGGAGAUCCAGGGCUGGCUCCGAGACAUCGACCCUGAGAACUGUUCCCAGGCAGUCGCCCUGGUAGAAGAGUUUGUGCUGAGGCGGCAGGAGGAGGAGGAGGAGAGGCUGGGUGGACAGGUGCUGGGGCCAUUCAAAGAGGAAGCGGAUGAUUUCCCUGAGACGGAGGAGGUGCCAUCCGACACCUGGCAGAAGGUGAUUUUGGGGGAGAUCAAGCAGGAAGAUGACGGAGACACGGCAUCUCUAGGUGAGGAAAGAGCAUACGGGGAGGAGCCAGAAAAUCCAGGAGAAUUUGGACUCCAAGGGACGUUGUUGGGAAGAGCAGGGAAGAACAGUUCCCAUAAUCUUCAUUCGGGGGAAGCCUCCAAGACCCAGCAGGGAAACUGUUCGGAGGAAGAAAAAACUGUUUGUGCCCCGCAAGGUUACCAGCAAGCCAAAGGGGUAACGGUCCAGCCAAGAAUCCAAGACGAGCGGUUGAAAAAAUGCCCCGAAUGCGGGAAAGGCUUUGUAUGGCGGUCUGAGCUCAUCGAGCACCAGAGAUCCCACACAGGAGAGAGACCCUAUUCGUGCUCGUACUGCGGGAAGAGCUUCAGCCGCAAAUCGUACAUCAUUAAGCACGAGCGGAUCCACACAGGGGAGAAGCCCUACAUAUGUUCCCAUUGCGGGAAAGGCUUCAUUUCGAAGUCGGACCUCAUUAAACACGAGCGGACCCACACAGGGGAGAAGCCGUACAUCUGCCCGGACUGUGGGCGGAGCUUCAGCAGGAAGCAGUUCCUGGUGACCCACCGGCGGACACACACGGGCGAGAAACCGUACAAGUGCUCUGAAUGCGGGAAGAGCUUCAGCCAGCGGACAUGCCUGGUCAUUCACGAGCGAGCCCACACCGGAGAGAAGCCCUUCCAGUGCCUGGUUUGCAAGAAAAGCUUUGGCAGGAGGGACAUCCUAGUGACCCACCAAAAGCUGCACACCAGAGAGAAGGCUUUCCAGUGCUCGACCUGGCUUUGAAAAGGUGGUGGAACUGCAGGGCUCUCCGUUUUUGUGUUUGCAGUGGUAUAUAUAGGGAUGAACGAACGAACGAACGAACGAACAAACGAACAAACGAACGAAGCCUGUGCGGUAAAAACCGUGGACAUAAAGACUGAAAGUGGAAGACUUAAAGUGUCAGGCCCGAAGUGCGUGCCUGAAUGGACAUGAAAAAGCCCCAAAUCACAAGUUUGCUGCACGCAUUGCUUUUUAAAUGGAACCCCAAACAUGCAUUGAGGAGUGAAGUUAACCAUGGUAUCGUAGAUAUAAUUUGCAUCGAAGAACCAAGUUUGGCAACAUAUAACCUGGAUAGCUUUAAAAAGGGCUUGGGCAGAUUUAUGGAGGAGAAGUCGAUCUAUGGCUACCAAUCUUGAUCCUCUUUGAUCUGAGAUUGCCAAA